AUGUCUUACACUACAACAGCAACUGUCACAACGGUGGCGUUAGCGAUCGCCUGCUAUAUAAUUCUUACAGGGUCAGGGGAGAAAUUCGAUGUGGGAAAUUUCCUACAGAAAACAUCUCCGUAUAUGUGGUCUAAUCUUGGUAUAGCAUGCUGCAUAGGCCUCUCUGUGAUAGGUGCAGCGUGGGGUAUUUUCAUUACUGGUGCCUCUAUUAUUGGUGCAGGUGUCAGGGCCCCAAGAAUCACAACAAAGAACCUUAUUUCCGUUAUUUUCUGUGAGGUUGUCGCUAUCUAUGGUCUUAUUAUGUCUAUUGUUUUUUCUGCCAAGAUUACGCCGACCGCAAAUAUCCUAACAAGGGAAAAUGUGUAUACAGGUCACUGCUUAUUCUGGGCUGGGCUAACUGUCGGUCUAAGUAAUCUCAUAUGCGGUGUUUGUGUUGGUGUCACAGGUUCAACAGCAGCGAUUUCCGACGCUACGGAUUCCACCUUAUUCGUUAAAAUUUUGGUGAUCGAGAUUUUUGGUUCCGUUCUUGGUUUAUUCGGAUUAAUUGUUGGUCUUUUGAUGGCUGCCAAGGCUGGUGAAUUCCAUUGA